AUGUAUAUCCCAAAAAAGUAUAAUGAAGACGACUGGGAUCAAAGUGCGUUUUUGAUCAAAAACUAUCCAUUGGGAACAAUUGUAACUGUUGAAGGCGAUGGGAUUAUUGCUAAUCAUAUACCAUUCUUUUUGAAAGUUAGCGAUAGUGGAAAGAAGACUUUGAUUGCUCAUAUGGCCAAGUCAAAUCAUCAAUUACCUUCGCUCAAAUCAAACAAAAAUGUGUUAGUGAUCUUCCAGUCUGUGGACUCUUACAUCACUCCAAGCUAUUACCCCGGUAAGCAAGAGACUCACAAAUACGUGCCCACAUGGGAUUUUGCUAGUGUCCACAUUCACGGCACAUCCAAGAUUGUUGAUGACUUUGAUUUUGUUAGAAAUCAACUAAACCUUCUUACAGAUCAAGAAGAGAAAUUACAGAAAAAGGGUAAUCUGGUGUGGAAGGUAAAUGAUGCACCAGAAAGCUAUUUAAAGAUUUUGCAAAAAGCUAUUGUCGGAUUAGAGAUUGAAGUCGAGUCUUUUGAAUGUAAAUACAAGUUUGAACAGGGCAUGAAAAAGAAUGAUAUCGAGGGCGUAGUUCUGGGGCUAGUUGUUGAUGGUAAAAACGAGAUCUCAAGGUUAACGGUCGAAGCAAAUGCCAGGGCCCAAGAAAAAGAAAAAAACAAAAACAUAAAGUAA